UUGUCCACCGCUCAGAAGUGUAUCAGUUUGUGAACCCUUUCCUCUGAAAAACACAGCAAUUCUCACUUUCCCUCUAAUGGCAGAAGUGGCUUGCCCUGCGCAUUGCGCCACUUGGGCAAGUAACUAUUUUGGGUAUUGUUUAUGUUCUUCCAAAGAUGGUCUUUCUUUAGCCUUGGGUAUGAUUAGCGUCGUCAGUUGGGCACUUGCUGAAGUCCCUCAAAUUCACACUAAUUUUAAGAAUAAAUCUACUGAAGGCCUCUCUUUUGCUUUCUUACUUACUUGGAUUGUUGGGGACUUUUUCAACAUGUUUGGUUGCUGGCUUGAACCAGCCACUCUUCCAACGCAAUUUUAUAUGGCUGUGUUAUACACCGUGACUACGUUGACUCUUACACUGCAGUCUGUAUAUUAUGGUCACAUCUAUCAUCGAUUGAAAUCCAACAAACAAUUUAGCAAGACCACAAAGCCUAAUCAGUUGGAGGUGGCAGGAGAUAGUGUACAUCAAAACUCUGGUGAUGAAAAACUGAUGAAUGGCAGUUCCGGGCACAGACUAAUGUCUGGUGUCUUUGAGAGUGGUAGUGUUAUGACUUCACCGAUUCCGCUUCCAGCCAUUCCACGCAGUCGUUCUGCUGGACAAGAUUCCUUCUACACGUCAGCUAGAUCUUUAACAACAAGUCAUACUCCAACAAGAUCUUUUGUUUCUUCAUGGAAAGCUUCCACACUGAACGUUGAGGAUGUCGAAGAGCCUUUGCUUGGUGGAUCCUUGCCAACUAGACCAGUGCAUUUAUCAAAAACGAAAAACCUUUUGUGUAUUGUGCCGGCUACAACUUUCAUCGUUGGGAUCAUGAAUAUUUCCAGUACCAGAAAUACAGCGCGAAGUUUGGCUGUGGAAAUAUCAAACAGAAAGCUUUUGCAGUUCAAUGGUGAGCAAAAGAUCAACUCUGGUGGAAGUGGGAACUUAGGUACAAAUUUGGGUUGGGCUAUGGCUGCAAUUUACAUGGGUGGACGGCUUCCACAAAUUUGCUUAAAUAUUAAACGGGGAAAUGUAGAGGGGCUAAAUCCGCUUAUGUUCAUGUUCGCACUGUUGGGAAAUACUACAUAUGUAGCCAGCAUACUGGUUAAUAGCUUGGAUUGGUCGAAGAUAUUUCCAAAUUUGCCAUGGCUGGUGGAUGCAGGAGGUUGCUCGAUUCUUGAUUCAUUUAUACUACUUCAGUUUAUAUAUUUUCAAUAUCGGCAAUCACAUCAUCGUGUGACUAAGCAUGGGGAUACACAUCCAACAUUGGUUUAAUAUCAUUUUCCUCAGUGUAUCUGAAAUCAACGGUCUGGAUAUGAGUCGAGGAUUGAUAUCACGAGAUGCUGAUGCCACAGCUGCAAGGAUUUCGUAUAAUCUCCAUGCCUAAUUGCGUAGUAACAUUUUUGUAUACUAUAUCCCCUUUUGAUCCCCCAUUUUUUCUUUCGAUUUAGAUUUCUCUUGCUUCGUUUUCAAGUGCAUUCUUUAAAUCGUUCAGAGUUUGUUCAUUUGUUCGUUUUCCUUUCGACUCUCGACAAAGAACGGAAAUUUUGAAUCUAUCUCCUUCUGAAGCAGAAUUUAUAUUAGUAUGUACAUAUUUCAAAUAGUUUUCUAUGCUCUAACAAGACUAUUUUGGUUCAAUAAGAUGUUUUGUAUACCUA